AUGUCAAGUGAAGUGACAAGAGCUGACAAAGAAUAUUCUAAAAAGACUCAUACACAUACCAUUGCAAAUAUUACAAACUUACAAGAAACCUUAAACAGGAAAAGUGACGUUGGACAUACACAUAACUUCUUCUCAACUGUUGGUAUAGAAAGUAUUUUAGGAACGAUUGAAGAAACUGGUGGGGGUGGAUUAUAUUUUAAACCUCCUAACUUUCCAGAAGGUUUAACAUCGGAUAAAGACAUUAGAUGUAGAAAUGUCUAUGUCAUGGAGGAUGAAAAAAAAGUUAAAUUCACUGCUCAAGAUUUAUAUGAUAAAAAAGCUGACAAAACAGAGCUUCAAACGUUAAAGACAGAAAUACUUCAAACAGUAUAUCCUAUAGGUUCUAUUUACACGUCAAUGAACUCUACCAGACCAGAAGUAGUACUUGGUCUCGGAACUUGGACUCAAAUAGUCGACAG